AGAGAGAGAGAGAGAGAGAAUGGAAGUGAAGGGAGGGGUAAAAUGAGCACCAGGCAGCAGUUGGAGGCAAACGCGUUAUAGUCGGAGACGAGACGAUGAGGAUUACACAGAGAACGAGAGACAGCGAGUGAAUUAAACACACGUGACGGGGAAAACACUCACACGCUUGUUUCCACGGUGACAACAUGGGGGCGGUUGUUGGCACAUUGGCUAUGCAGUCGAGACAGCGUCGACCAUCAAGAGAUAAACUAGAUGAUGAAUUGGAGUUAUCUGUAGUUUGUCAUCGUCCUGAAGGAUUAGAGCAACUACUGGCACAAACAAGCUUCAGCAAGAAAGAACUACAAGUGCUGUACAGGGGCUUUAAAAAUGAAUGUCCCUGUGGAGUCGUGAAUGAGGAGACCUUCAAACACAUCUACUCAAAGUUCUUUCCUCAAGGAGACGCCAGCACAUACGCACAUUACCUGUUCAAUGCUUUUGACUCCUCCCACAAUGGAUCCAUCAAAUUUGAGGACUUUGUGGCAGCUCUGUCCAUCUUACUGAGAGGCUCAACAACAGAGAAGUUACAGUGGACCUUUAAUCUAUACGACAUCAACCAAGACGGUUACAUUAAUAAAGAGGAAAUGACACAUAUAGUGAAAGCCAUUUAUGAUAUGAUGGGCCGCUUUACAUAUCCUGCUCUGAAGACCGACACCACCAAACACCACGUGGAUGCUUUCUUUCAGAAAAUGGACAAGAAUAGAGACGGAGUGGUCACUCUGGACGAGUUUAUCCUCUCUUGUCAAGAGGAUGAAAACAUCAUGCGAUCGCUGCAGCUCUUUGAGAAUGUCAUAUAGCCACAGGAAGAUGGAGGAUGAUAGAGGAUUUAAUACAAGAGUUAGUGAAGAAACAGAAGGAACGAAACAUGAACUUUGAAGCUGAUCAGUGUUAUGGCCAAAAUGAGGAAAGACUUUGACCCUCAUCACAAUGGUUACAGAUGUGACUGUGUGUUUGUUCAGAUAUGUCUUACUGUCUUUACUUUGUUGCCAUAGCGAUAUGAUGUCUGCUUAUCAUGCUGAAAACAAGCAUUUUCUAUCUGUUCAAAACUUGUUCUUUUUAUACAGUUUGACCAUGUCUGACCCUAUCAGACCUUAUGUCACUCUAUCAGACCUUAUCUCACUCAAUCAGACCUGAUCUGACCCUUUCAGACCUGAUCUGACCCUUUCAGACCUGAUCUGACUCUAUCAGACCUGAUCUCACCCUAUCAGACCGUAUCUCACCCUAUCAGACCUGAUCUGACCCUAUCCGACUUUAUCUGACCCCAUUAGACCUAAUCUGACCCUAUCACACCCUAUCAGACCUUAUCUGACCCUAUCAGACCUGAUCCCACCCUAUCAGACCUGAUCCCACCCUAUCAGACCUGAUCUGACCCUAUCAGACUUUAUCUUACCAUAUCAGACCUGAUCUGACCCUAUCCGACAUUAUCUGACCCCAUUAGACCUAAUCUGGCCCUAUCACACCCUAUCAGACCUUAUCUGACCCUAUCAAACCUGAUCCCACCCUAUCAGACCUGAUCCCAUCCUAUCAGACCUGAUCUGACCCUAUCAGACUUAAUCUUACCAUAUCAGACCUGAUCUGACCCUAUUGGACCUUUUCUCACCCUAUCACAUAUUAUCUAUCAGACCUUGUCUCACCCUAUCAGAUCUUAUGUCACCCUAUCACACCUUAUCUGACCCUAUGAGCCCUCAUCUGAUCUUAUUUGAUCUUACCUGACCCUAUCUGAGUGAAAUGGCUGUUGAUAACCCAACAGAAGGAGGUUUUGAAAUGUUUACUUGUGUUAAUCAUGUGUGUGUCUAAGCAGAUAGAGCAGUUUGAAUUAUGAAAUGAAACGGGUUCAUUUAUGCCCGGUGGGGUUCUCAGAGGUCCUUUUAAAACCAAUCUUCUUCGGUCUGAACUUUGCAGAACUGAAUUACUGUGAUCUGUCCUAAAAUAUCUUGUUGAUCUUUGAUGUGUCCAAGUAUUUUUGUGUGUUUAAGAGCUGUCCAAGGGGGAUUUAAGUGAAAUGUUUUGCAGAGCCUCUUUUGGUACGCUCAACAUUUCUAUGCCAAAAACACAAAUGUUAAUCACGUCUCCCUGUUUUUCAGAGAAAACCCCUUUUCUUUUAUUUCUAAUGAAGCAACCAAUCAGCAUUCAAUCAACUGGAUUUACAUGACCAAUCAGCACGUUCAGCUUUAUCUCAACUAAAGGGAUAAAGUAGUUAGAGAGCAGCAGUGCAUCUCUACACUAAUAUCAGUGUUACAGCGUGUUUGUUUUUUACAGUAUUAACUGAUGUAUUAUAAUAUCGUGCACGUGCUAAGAUGUCUCUCAUCGUCCAAUUGCUGUUGAUCUGAUGUCUGUAUGUGUGUGUUAUUGUGUGAGUUUGUGCUCGUCUCUUAUACUAGUCUGAGAUGUUGUGUGCUUUUCAUUGCUUUAAGUUCCACCUACUCAAAUCUCUGCUUCCUGAUUGGUCUGUUUGUCUGUCAGUGUCAGAGAGGGAGGAUUUGUUUGUGGGUGAAUCUCACAAAGACUCAUCCGUGUCAGUAGUUCAACCGGUAUUUGUAUAAAUGUUCUUGAGGUGUCAAGUUGAAAUGCUUUGAACAGUAUUGAAAGAGUCCUCAUCUAUCGUGGACUCUCAUUGGAUACGUUUUUUUAAAUAUUUUUUAAAUAAUUUCUUUCCAUGCGAAGCUUACAUUUUAUAUGUUGACUCGAUUAUAUUUUUGCACACAAAUCUAAAUUCAAACUUUGAAGCAUAAGCUGCUCAUACAUAAAAUUGGGGACAAACAGGAAAUGUUUAUACAGUUUUGCUCAAAAGGAUUCUCACCUCCACAUCUCUAUAGAGGAAUCGUCUCAAUCUAUUUUUGAACACAUGGUUCUUUAAACAUAUUAGGCAUUAUAAGUGAAGAUGCAAGCUGUUAUCUUGGCAAACAUAAGAGGUUGUAAAAGAAUAAUUAUGAGCAAUGUGUAUUAGAGAAUAUCACAUUUAUUUCAUAAUGACAUCCCACUAUUUUUAAAAUUUAUAUUCUCAAAUGAAAGGUUCGAUUUUCGUAAGGAUUUUCAAGAAAAUAACAAAAGGCUUAACAAUGCAGAUUUAUUUUGACGGCCUUCCUUUAUCAUAUUUACCUACACUCUUAAAAAUAAAGGUGCUAUAAAGAGGAAUUAUUUUUGGUUUCACAAAGAACCAUUCAGCCAAAGGCUCUUUAAAGAACCAUCUCUUUUGUACCUUUUUAUAAUUUAAAGAACCGUUUUUCACCACGAAGAACCUUUGUCAAAGGUACUCUAUGGGAACCAUUUAGACAAAAGGGUUCUUCUAUGGCAUCGUGAAGCAUCUUUAUUUUUAAGAGUGCAGGGAAUUAAUAAUUUUGAGCACAAGUGUAUGUAUACUUGAAGAGUUUGCUUCCAAAAUGAGAUAACUUCAUCAUGUUUUUUAUUUUGCAUUCCAAUUCAUAUCAAUAAAACUGCAGUUUGUUUGUUUUGAUUUAAGCCAUAAUAACUGAAAUAAUACAGCUAACACAAUAAAAACAUGAUAAGUAAUAAAAAACAUGAUUUUUGGAAACAAAACUCUUCAUUUCCUGUUUGGAACAAUCCGAUUUUUUCCCCAAAAAUGUGUUUUACUUAAAUAAAAAUGUAAUCGCUUUAUUUUUAAUGGUUAUUCUUACUAAUGUAAUACAGUAUUUUUGUAAUGUAUAUCUGUAAAACAAUAUUUUUAAGUGAGUUUAAAAAGCAAAACAAAAAAACACCUUUUCUGCUUUAUUUUCUGACUUGUCAUCAAUUGUCACAAUAAUAUCUUUGAUUCUGGCAAGAUUUGUGAGAUUCACCCUGUGAAACUGCAGUCUUUAGGAGUUUGACUGACAAGUGCUGUAAUCCUCAGCGAUCACUGUGUGUGUGUGUGUGUGUGUGUGCGUGUGUGUGUGUGUGUGUGUAUGUGUGUGUGUGUAUCUAUUUGAUAUCAUGUCUUUCUUUGUUAAACUACUGCAAGUGAAAGCUGUGAUUUGCCAAAACUCAGUAAUGUUAAUGACAGCCAUAGUGCCACCGUACUGUGAUAUUAUUUAACUUGGGAAAGAAAAGAAUGAGAGAAGAGUUUAUGAAAGAAGUGGGAAUGAAAUAGCAUUUAAAAAUCCAUUAUAGGUCUGUAAGU